AUGCCUUUCAAAUUUCUAUCUAUCGCGCUUCUAUUCGCUCGAGCAGUCACCAGUUCACCAGUUACUGAAAGAGACCUUGACAAACGAGCUCUUCAACCAGUACUCAAAACAAACUUCCCAGACCCUGCAGUGAUUUGCGAUGUCGGAACUGCAAGCGGUGCUUUUUUGGCCUUUGCCACAGAAGGAAACGGCCAUAAGGUUCAAGUCGCACAAAGCUCUAACGGCUGGGGUGGACCAUGGAAUCUACUGAACAGAGAUCUGCUGCCAAAUCCAGGAGCCUGGUCAACGGGGAAUGCUGUCUGGGCUCCAGAUGUUCGAAAGAUUGGCUCAAAAUACGUCCUCUACUACGCUGCUCAAACGAAAGCAGAUGUCACCAAACACUGCGUGGGAAGCGCAAUUGCAGAUAAUGUUCUGGGCCCUUAUACGGCACAAUCUGAGCCCAUCGACUGUUCUCUCGUCGCUGGUGGAGCGAUUGACAUUUCUGGUUUUACGGAUACGGAUGGAAAAAGAUACGUGGUCUAUAAAAUUGAUGGAAACGGGCUCUGUGGAAACCCAAAUAAAGGACCUCAAGCAACACCCUUGAUGCUCCAAGAAAUGGCAGGAGAUGGCAUUACGAAGAUCGGAGAGCCAAUUAAAAUCCUUGAUAAAGGACCUGGCGACGGACCUCUCAUCGAAGCACCGAAUCUCAUCAAAGUCAAUGGCAUAUAUAUCAUGUUUUUCAGCAGUAACUGUUAUAACUCCGGGCUUUAUGAUAUCAGCUAUGCAACAGCGACAUCAAUCAAGGGGCCUUAUACUAAGGCUGCACCGGCCUUGCUUCUACCAGGCAAUUCUUGGGGUCUGGUAAAUCCAGGUGGAGCACAAGCUACCGAUGAUGGGAAAGGCUUGGUUUUUCACGCGGACUGCUUGACGAAUUCUAGGUGCAUGCAUUAUAGGGAUAUCAAGAUUGAAGGCAAAAUUGUUAGUUUUGUUUAG